GGACAACGCGAAGGUGAAAAAACAACAACAAACCAAAACAUAACAUGAAGCCUCGAUACACGAAUGGACCAGGCUUCCAGAAAGCAGGGCGUGUCUGCCUUUCCUAUCGUCCGUACCUUACCAAGGACUCAAAUUCCAAUUACCACCUCUCUCUCUCUCUCACGCGUCGCAUCCUCACACACGGACGGGAAAAAGUAUCUUGUACUUUUGGUUUCACGGCAUUUCAGGCGGCGCCCGUCGAACGAGCCAGCUGGCCAGGUGUACCCAUACAUACACACACACACACACGUACGCCCGCCGUCGCUCUCUCUUCCCAAGUUCCCACUCGUCCAACAAUGCACAGGGGUUCUGUCAGAGCUCUUGGCAUGACAGCAAGCUUGGCUGUGCCUUGAUUCACCGACUCUCAACACGCCUCUCUCUCUCUCUCUCUCUCUCUCUCCCUCCCUCC